CUCAAUCAGCUUUAUGCAGAGACGAAGCUUACUGAGCUCACUGCUGGUGCUGGUGUAGGCGAGUGCUACUUUGGCAAUCUGGGCUGACCUGGCUUGUCUACUAAGAACUCCUUCUCUAACCCUGGAGCAGGAUUCCAUGCUGCUGUGGGCGUCCUUGCUGCUCUUUGCUCCAGUCUGUGGACAAUCUGCAGCUGCACACAAACCUGUGAUUUCCGUCCAUCCUCCAUGGACCACAUUCUUCAAAGGAGAGAGAGUGACUCUGACUUGCAAUGGAUUUCAGUUCUAUGCAACAGAGAAAACAAUAUGGUAUCAUCUGCACUAUUGGAGAGAAAAGUUGACCGUAACCCCAGGAAACACCCUCAAGGUUCGGGAAUCUGGACGGUACAGAUGCCAGGCCCAGGGCUCCCCGCGAAGUAACCCUGUGCGCUUGCUCUUUUCUUCAGACUCCUUAAUCCUGCAGGUCCCAUAUUCUGUGUUUGAAGGUGACACGUUGGUUCUGAGAUGCCACAGAAGGAGGAACGAGAAAUUGACUGCUGUGAAAUAUACUUGGAAUGGAAAAAUUCUUCCCAAUUUUAAUAAAAGCUGGGAUCUUCUUAUCCCACAUGCAAGUUCAAAUAACAAUGGCAAUUAUCAAUGCUUUGGAUAUGGAGACAACAAUGAUGUAUUUAGAUCAAAUUUCAAAAUAAUUAAAAUUCAAGAACUAUUUCCACAUCCAGAGCUGAAAGCUACAGACUCUCAACCUACAGAGGGGAAUUCUGUAAACCUGAGCUGUGAAACACAGCUUCCUCCAGAGCGGUCGGACACCCCACUUCAUUUCAUCUUCUUCAGAGAUGACAGGGUCAUCCUGUCAAACUGGAGCCGGUCCUGGGAACUCCAGCUCCCAGCCAUCUGGAGAGAAAACUCAGGAUCCUAUUGGUGUGGUGCUGAAACAGUGAUGGGGAACAUCCACAAGCGCAGUCUCUCGCUACAGAUCCAUGUGCAGCGGAUCCCUGUAUCUGGGGUGGUCCUGGAGACCCAGCCCACAGGGGGCCAGGCGGUUGAAGGCGAGACGCUGGUCCUUGUCUGCUCCGUGGCUGAAGGCACAGGGUACACCACAUUCUCCUGGCACCGAGAGGACACGCAUGAGAGUCUGGGGAGGAAAACUCAGCGUUCCCCCAAAGCGGAGCUGGAGCUCCCUGUCAUCAGAGAGAGCCAUGCAGGGGGAUACUACUGUACAGCAGACAACAGCUACGGCCCCGUCCAGAGCGCGCUGCUGAAUAUCACUGUGAGAGAGACCCCAGGCAACAGAGAUGGCCUUGUCGCUGCGGGAGCCACUGGGGGGCUGCUCAGUGCUCUUCUCCUGGCCUUGGCCCUGCUGUUUCACUGCUGGCGCCGGAGGAAGUCAGGAGUUGGUUUCUUGGGAGACGAAACCAGGCUCCCUCCCACUCCAGGCCCAGGAGACUCCUCCCAUUCCAUCUACCCUGCCCAGGUGGAGCUUCAGUCGCUGUAUGUCGAUGUACACCCCAAAGAGGGAGAUUUGAUGUACUCUGAGAUCCAGACUAUUCGGCUGGCAGAAGAAGGGGAAGCUAAUACCUCCAGGACACUUCUAGAGGAUAAGGAUGUCUCAGUUGUCUACUCUGAGGUGAAGACACAACACCCAGAUAACUCAGCUGGAGAGAUCAGCUCUAAGGAUGAAGAAAGUCACGAGAAUGAAAAGUUACGAGAAUGAAAAGUUACGAGAAUGUCCUACUCAUGUGAUCUGUACCUUAUCCAAAGUCCCAGGCCCAGUGCAGUCCUUGUGGCUCCUGGAAUGAUCAACUCAUUCCAGCUUUCCAAUUCUCCUCAUGCAUAUGCAUUCACUCCCAGGAAUACUCAUUCAUCUGCUCUGAUGUUGGGAUGGAAUGGCGUGAAAGACUUCACUAAAAUGACCAGGAUCCACAGUUAAGACAAGACCCUGGAUUAUUUGCUGUAGGCCUGGCCUAAUACAUUCCCUAGGGUCUACAUUAGAGAAGGGGGAUAAAGAGAAAGAAUGACUGUUUUUGAAAAACAGAAGCACAAAUGUUGGUGAAUUGGGAUUUGCACAGAGAUGAAAAAGACUGGGUGACCUGGAUCUCUGCUAUAUACAUCUACAACAAUUCUCUCACUGGAGACUCACUUGCAUCAGUUUGUUUAACUGUGAGUGGCUGCAUGGGUACUGCACAAACACUUCACUUCUGCCCACACAGCUUACAUUGUCAGGAUUCCGUUGCAGAUAAAAGAACCCACCUGAAAUGGUUUACAGACAGAGGAAUUUAAAAGAGGACAUCAGAAGAGCUGGAGAUGCAAGCUCUAGGCUGUGCUUCCAAAAGCAAAUGAUAAUUAUGUUAAUGUCAUUAGGGACAAAGAUUUGCAACAUUAGAGAAAAGAGACACAAAUAUAUAAUUAAAAACUUAAGUAACAAUUCUCCAAACCUAAAUUUGAAUUUAAAAUAUUAGUAUAAACUCAUAAUAAAAUCUGCCUUUAAAAA